AUGGAGAAGAUCUGCUCAGAGUGCACAGAACACACACUUGCACAGAGUCUUUGCACUCUGUGCAACAAGUGGUUGUGUUACCAGUGCACCGAUGUGCACCUGCAUCAGAGAGCCCCUGCUGCUUCCCAGUACGCUGAUUCAUACCAGCAGCCGAGGCCCAGUUCUAACCAGUGUCCUGACCUUCACCAGAGAAGCUCCGGCACGCUACCUCCUGCUGGACAAGGCCCGGGGUCGUAUCCUUGCCCCCUCCUCAUGUGCCACUCUCACAGACAGGAGCCCUUGGAGCUUUUCUGUGAGUCAUGUGACCUUCUGUGCUGCAGCAGCUGUCACCUGUCCUCCCACAAAAACCACAGGGUGGUGCAGAUUGGGAAGGCCCUCCAGGAUCAGCAGUGGCUGUUUGAGAACCUGAUGGUGCAAGUGGAGGAGAGGAGGUCUUCAGUAGAAAACAGUGCAAAGCAAGUAGAAGACAGGCUGCAUGGAGUGAAGAUUGCACACAGGAAGGCAGAGAACCAGAUUAAAAUGGCAAAGAUGAUUAUGAUGAACGAGCUUAACAAACGGGCCAACCUAUUAAUAGAGCAACUGGAGAAGGUGUCAGAGGACUUUCAGCAGCGUCUGGAGGACCAGCUGCAAGGGGCGAUAGAGAUCUGUGGCCAGCUGGACCACCUUCAGAAGUUCAUCACCUGGGCCACGACCCAUCACUGCAGAGGCCCGGUUCUCUUCAGCAGGGCUCUGAUUUCUCUGCAGAUGCAGCAGCUGCUUGAAGCGUCGCUCCACACGGACUCCUGGAGUCCCGUCAGAAUCAAAUUUAACUGGGAUGCAAGUUACUGGACGAAGCAGAUUUCAUCCUUAGGCCAGCUGACUGUUGAAGGGGGGAGCUGUGCUUAUCCUUCUGGGUUGGCCUGCUCUAGUCUCAUGAGGCCGCAGCCCGUCUCCUGCUUGCCUCUGCCCAGCAUGUUUCACAGAGGCAGAGAUCCAGGCUGUGGGUACCAGGCCUGCUGCGAGCCUCAGAUGUGCUGCCUGCAUGGCGUCCCCCCUCAGUCAGAUCUGUCGAGUCUGGACAAAAGCCAGAUCGAAACAAACCUUUUUAACCAGAGCCAGCAGCUCCAGAGGUUUUGGGACACAGAGAGCUCCUUACAGUGUCCUCCUCCUCCUGCGUCUCCUCUCCCAGGACCCAUUCAAGUCAACUGCAGCCCAGGAUCUGCAUCCCAAACACAAAUUGCUGACACCCUAUCCCACUCACAGUCCAAACCAUAUCCAUCUUGCCACCAACCCUGGAAAGAAGUUGCUCCAGACAGUCCCUUCGGUGCAGAGCGCAGCAGGUUGGGUCAGUGUAAGGGGAAGCUGUUGAUCGUCCCGAAUCUGCAGCAGGAAGUCGGCCUCAAAGGCACGGACAGAGAUGUGAUGACUGAGGAGAGGAGCAGGGAGGAGGAGGAGGAGACGCGUGGACAGUCAGCAGAGGCUGGAAGCAGAGAUCUCCUUGAUGAGGAGCUGGAGGCAGACAGGAGGGAGCAGAGUCCGGUCCAGCAGCAGCAGCAGCUUCAGUUUUCUGCAGCAGCAGAGCAGAAGUCCAGACCUGCACUGAUGCUCAGAGACCACAAGGAUGGGAAGAGAUCCACGUCCCUGGAGGUGUCGGCAACGGCGCACGAAUGUGUAUCUGACAUGCAGAGCUGCAGGAUUAGCCCUGAUUCUGAGUGCACGAGGAGGAAGGGACGCUCCAGGAGCAUCCCAACAGAGCUGACAGCUCCUUCGUCCAGCCCCUACUCUGAAAGGCCUGCAGGAGGCACUGACAGCCGGGCAGCAAGAGCUGCAAAGAAGUUUGACAACGUGGAUCCCAAUCAAAGAAGAUCCUCAGACGGCGUGCUGUGUGUUGUCAAGGAAACGGACAAGGCCCCAUCCAGAGGACGCCUGUCACCUUCAUUACCCUACAAACUAGAGCCAGAUCAGCCAGUUGCUUUUGUGAACGAAGAGACGGAUUUUGGAGCGAAGGAGAAACGCCGAACGUCAAGAAACGGCCUCAGCAGCAACGGAGAGGUUUUGAAGGACUUGGGCCGGCCGAGGGUUCCAGUUGUUUGUUUGGAGCGUCUCAAAAUUCUCGUGUCGCAGCUUCCGCCACACGGACGAAGACAGAGCGACCCCCUGCCUGCCACCGAGACGGACAAGAGAGAACCCCCCACUCCCCAAAGAACCUGGCACUUUGGAACAUCAGAGGGAAUAUGUGGAAGACCUGGCACCAGGAGGACCACCCGCUCCCUCACGGCACCUUCCUACUCGGAACAACAAUCCCACCUUCAGUCUUCCACAUCCUCAAAUAGCAGCGACUUUGACAGCCACAACAACAACAGGCGACUCAGUUCUCGCAAAGGACCCGUCCUGCUUCCCACGGACUCCAGCUAUGUGCCAGAACAUUACUCUGCACUCGAUCUGGACUCUGAUUCUGAUCCGAGGUCUGUUUCAGAGGAUCCGUUUGUUUCAAUCGAUCCUCAGCAAAACUCAGACGCGUCGCCAGAUUCUGAUCCGAACGCACAAUCAUCAUCCGAGGCUGAAUUUAUUUGCGUGGCGGAGAGGAAACCAGCAGCUGUAGCAGAGAUGAGGCUUUGCGGAGAUUCAGAUCCAAGCCUCGAGUACGAGGCCGACCCAGACUCGGAUGCAGGAACGGACUCGGACGGGCGAGAGUUGGAUGCGGACGCGGAGUCGGGGGAUGUUGAAACAGAGUCUGACACUCAGCCUGAUUAUGACCCAACUUUUCAGGCUGAAACAGAUUCUGACGCUGUGUCCGGUCAGCCUCCAGACUUUCAGGCCUCCGCGGAGUCUGAGCUGGACUUAGAAUCAGAACUUGAGCAGACAACGGACGACCCCCAGCCGCUUCGCUCGGACCUGGAGGAGGAGUCUCCCAUCGGUCCUGCUCAGAGGCCUCUUCUGAUCGCGAACCCUGCUGCUCAGAGGCUGGCUGAGGGCAUCCAGACCGAACAGGACGUGGACGAGAUGGAGAGUGAGGACUUCUGUGCCGUGUGUCUGAUAGGAGGCGAGCUGCUGUGCUGUGACUGCUGCCCCAAAGUCUUCCACCUGUCCUGCCAUGUCCCGCCUCUCCUGAGCUUCCCCACAGGCGACUGGGUGUGCAGCCUGUGCAGAGAUGUUGUACAGCCAGAGGUUGAAUACAGCUGUGAGAACGAGAGAACAUCUGGAGCUCACACUCAUGGACUGUCAGCAUGUGACCAGAGAAGAUGUGAGCGGCUGACUCUUCUGAUUCUCAGCAACAUGCUGAGCGCUCCGUUCCACGAACCCGUCAGUCCGCUUGCACGCCAUUACUACCAGAUCAUCAAGAGGCCGAUGGAUCUGUCUGUGAUCAGAGCUAAGCUCAAUAAGGGGAAUUCCAGACAUUACAGCUCAGCAGAGCAGUUCGUCUCUGAUGUUUAUCUCAUGUUCUACAACUGCGCCAAGUUUAACUAUCCGGACUCUGAGGUGGCCCAAGCAGGCCGCAGCCUCGAAGUCUUCUUCACCUCAAAGCUGGCGGAAGUUUUCCCCGACAGAGUCUUCCCUGUGGCUGAGGUGGACUCGGACAGCGACGAGAACGACGAGGCCCACUGGGCGGCUGAGAGCGGAUUCCCCUGGCCGGAGAGGAGGGAGCAGUGCCACAGGAAGAGGAAGAGGAGGCAGUCGCUCAAGUCGAGGAGGCAUCACUUCUAACCAGAGGUGACGAGAACUAAACUUGAUGCAAAGAUGGUUUCU